AUGCCAGUGACAGAACCUGAGCUCAAGGGUUACUUGGAUAAGAAAAUUUCUGUUCAACUUAAUGGAUCCAGAAAAGUCAUUGGAGUAUUACGCGGUUAUGAUAUCUUUCUAAAUGUCACUGUUUCAGAUGCUUUAGAGGAAAGGAUAAAUGGUGAGAAAUUGAAUCUUGGUAUAACGGUCAUCAGAGGUAACUCAAUCGUGUCGUUGGAGGCCUUGGAUAAGAUAUAA